AUGGAAUGUAGUGUGCCGUUUUCAUUAUUAGAACCACAUCAUUGUGAUUUAACAGGCAACACAUUCAAUAGCGAACCUACCUCGUCUGUUAGACCACCACCCACUUCAGCCAAACGUCAACGCAAAGAAGAAAAAAAACAAAAAGAGCGAGAAAAACGAUCGAGGAGAGAACCCAAUGCAGAGGAAGAUGUCGAAGGUCGUGUUAAAGAAGAGGAAGAACCAGCUACGAAACAGGCACCUUCAUUACCACAAGAGCCAGAACAAAUACCUACCGAAAUCAAUCCAGACAAUGUCAUUGUACUCGCUGGUCACCAAUCCGAAGUCUUUUCUUGUGCUUGGAAUCCCGUCGUGUCUUCUCUUUUGGCUUCAGGUUCGGGCGACGCCACUGCCAGAUUAUGGCAAGUACCAGAGAAUAAACACAAUGUUGCUGAACCCAUGGUCUUGAACCAUUUGCCCAAUCUAAAUGAGAAUAAAGAUGUAACAACACUGGAUUGGAAUCCUUCCGGAAGUUUAUUAGUUACAGGCUCAUACGAUGGACAAGCAAGGAUUUGGACACAGAAAGGUGAAUUACGUUUUGUAAUGGCGCAACACAAGGGUCCUAUUUUUUCUUUAAAAUGGAAUAUGAAGGGCGAUCUCGUACUGAGUGGUAGUGCUGAUACAACGACAGUUGUUUGGGAUCCUGAGACGGGUGAUAUGAAGCAGCAAUUUGAAUCACAUACAUUGGCUAUCCUUGAUGUGGAUUGGAUGGAUAACACAACAUUUGCAUCAUGCUCAUCCGAUAAGACGAUUUAUGUUUGUAGAGUGGGUAUGAAGAAUCCUUUAAAGAAAUGGGUUGGACAUGAAGAUGAAGUGAAUGCAGUACGCUGGGAUCCUUCUGGUCAAUAUUUAGCCUCUUGUUCAGAUGAUAUGACUACCAAGAUUUGGAGUAUGGAAUCAGAUACACCUGUGCAAGAAAUUAAGGGGCAUUCUCUUCAGAUAUACACAUUACAAUGGGCACCUUAUACACAACGAGAUUCCGUAAAUAAUGCACCGAGAAUAUUAGCCACUGCUAGUUUUGAUGCUACAGUACGUAUCUGGGAUGCAUUAAAGGGUACUUGUCUUCAUGUGCUCAAAAAUCAUACGGAAGCUGUCUAUUCUAUUUCAUUCAGUCCAGAUGCUAGGCUGCUGGCCUCAGGAAGUUUUGAUGAAGUCUUGAAUGUGUGGGAUGCUAAGGAAGGUACAAUCAAAAAGACAUUUAAAGCAAGCGGUGGUAUAUUCGAAGUCCACUUUAACAAGAAUGGCGAUAAAUUAGCUGCAUGUACUUCGAAUAGGCAAGUAGUUAUUUUGACCAAUAUGAAGUCUUGA